GCGCUGUUUUAAAUGGACAUUUGAGCCAAUAUGGCGGACAAAGCUCGCCAGUUUCUUUAAAUCGUGUGUUGAUAAAGCGCAGGAUAGGCGAGUCUUAUCAGUAGUGAGAGAAGUAUUCAAGAGAACCAAAGGAUGGUGCGAGUGGUGUUUCUUCAUCCAGACCUGGGCAUUGGUGGGGCAGAGAGACUGGUGGUGGAUGCAGCCGUGGCUUUGAAAUCUCAAGGAUGUAGUGUUCAAAUAUGGACUGCACAUUAUGACCCCACUCACUGCUUCUCUGAGACUCUUGACCCAGACCUGCCUGUGGUCUGUGUUGGUGAUUGGCUGCCUACGAGUUUGUGCGGUUAUCUGCAUGCUCUCUGCGCCUACCUAAGAAUGAUUUAUGUAGCAUUAUAUUUGGUCUUCUUCAGCGGACUGGAGUAUGAUGUUGUCUUCUGCGAUCAGGUGUCUGUGUGUAUCCCAGUGUUGAGACUUUCACGUCACAGGAAAAAGGUUCUGUUCUAUUGUCACUUCCCAGACCAGCUACUGACACAAAGAAAGACCGCUCUAAAGAAAAUGUAUCGUGCUCCUAUUGACUGGCUGGAGGAACGGACCACUGGUAUGGCUGACAUGAUCCUGGUAAACAGUCAGUUCACUGCGGGCGUGUUCAGAGACACGUUCAGGAGUCUAAGUGGAGUCCAGACAGACGUGCUGUACCCCUCUCUGAACACCAGCACCUUUGACCGGCCUAGCUCACAGGAGUGUGGCCUGGGGGGUCUGCUUCCUGAGGGCACCUCCUGCAUGUUCCUCUCUCUGAACAGAUACGAGCGCAAGAAGAACCUGGGCCUGGCUCUGGAGGCCCUGUCUGCUCUGAGGAGCAGAUUGCCCAGAGAGCAGGCGGCUGGCGUCCACCUGGUGGUAGCAGGAGGCUAUGACGAUCGUGUCACAGAGAACGUGCAGCAUUACAAUGAGCUGAAGGACCUGGCAGAGCAGAUCCACUUGGAGGGCUGUGUCACCUUCCUGCGCUCCCCCUCGGACUCCAUGAAGGUGGCGCUGCUGCGGGCCAGCACAGCUGUGCUGUACACCCCGAGCAGAGAACAUUUUGGGAUUGUUCCAGUGGAGGCCAUGUACUGCUGCUGCCCUGUUAUCGCAGUGAACUCUGGGGGUCCCCUGGAGAGCGUGGCUGAUGGGGUGACAGGCUUCCUGUGUGAGCCCACAGCAGAGGCCUUCUCUGCAGCUAUGGAGCGGCUUGUCAAAGACCCCCACCUCCGCAAAGACAUGGGACAGGCCGGAAGGACCAGGGUGCAAGACAAGUUCUCUCUGGAGGCCUUCUCAGCCCAGCUGCACGGAUACAUCCUCAGACUAAGCCAAUAACAUCUGCUCUUUUUAUACUGGCAACUGAAAACCAUACAAUGUGAAGGAGAAAGCAAAUGAAUAUAUUAUAAAAUGGACCCUUCUCACAUCUAGAAUGAAUUCAUCUGGAUGAAAAGUGUGUAGAGAAAAUGGACCUGGGAAGUUGGACUAGUAUUCAGUUCUUGUCAGAUUAAAUCAUGCAAAUGGACUGGCAUAGAAAUAAUCCACACUUAUUUAACAUUAAGGUCCACAGGGCUUAGUAUUGAAUCUGUCUUUGUCAUUGUCUGCUGUAUGUUGUCAUUGGUUAGACAUAGUUACUCAGAGUCACACUGUGCCCAGGAGCCUUCACUAUUAACAUAUAUGAUGUUAAUAUUCCCUAAAUGUAGAGGCUGCAUAUGUGUGUGUGCGCAGAAAUUGUAUGGAGUGUGCGUGUCUGUGUGGGGAGGGGAAAUGUGAGGACUUCUCACACAAUUAAUCAGCAUUCCCCUGGAGGGGUUGCUGCGAGGCUAAAAAGGAUGGAAUCUCUCUACCAAUUAAGAAAAGAGUAACGAGUUUAAAAAAUACCACCCCUGCAAGUGUGUCCACGAGGCUGCUGCAGAAAGAUCCGGACAAAUGAGCCAAAAGGAUUGAUUGUGAGCAUAAAAUGUUGUGCUCCGAGUGUUUUCUUCUUUGCUGUGCUAUUUGUCGGUGUCUGGGACUGAACAGGAAUGUAGUUAGCCCCCCAUGCCGUCACAGGCCACCAUCCCAAAUCGAUAAACGGGAUGCUCCCUGUUUAGGCGGUCGGACUUGGGGCUUUGUUGGCGAUGUGGAGCUCUGGCCUGGCCGUGACUCCUGUGGCCGAGCGGACGUUAUUAGCCGAUGAUGGAGAGAGUUUGUGCUAUUAGAGGCCUGCUGAUAUCCAGUGCUGUGUCUGGGUCAUUAUCAAACAGAAGAAUAGCAUAAGGUCAUUGUGUCUGUGUACUGCUCUUCUCAGCGCUGCUACUGUAUAGAAACAUUCGUAUUGACAUUCCAGAAGUCCUAAUAAACAAGAGGACACAUACUUUCCUAACUUUGCUUUGUUGAUCACGCUUUUGGCAUUUAUUAGAGUUGGUGGUACAUUUUGUACACAUUGAUAAUGCCUUGCUAUACUUUUCCACUCAUUUAAGAAGUUUGGUAAGGGAUUAGGAAACACAGCUGGAAUAAGUUUUUUAUUUUGCUGAAGAAAAAGAAGAAGAAGUAGAAAAGUUACUGAGUCAAAAUCAUUAUAGCCCUGCUUCAGCGCGUUGUUGGAUUAUCAUUUGCAGGGUCUGAGUCGUGUCCGCGUUGGCCUUGCUGUUUGGCUUCAAGGAAAUCUAAAUUGGGGGAUAAUAGAAAAAUGGAAUUACAGUUAAGUGAAUUACAACUUUAUUAAUAGGCAAUACUGUACAGAAGUCAAAGACAGAUUUUGAGAGACUGAAAAUGAAAGAGACCAAAAAAAGCUAUGAGCAUCUGGGAAAAAAAAUGUUUUAUUAGCUCAACCUGAAGCCCUCAAAAGUACAGACCACUGCCAAGGUAUUAGUCCCAACUUUAGGGUAGUGCAAUUAAUGAAAUAUAUGAUGUGAUUUCAAUUAUUCCUCUAUUCUAUUACAAAAAUGGUGUCAUCUAAAAUGCAAUUAAUUCACUUCUGUUAAUUGAUAUAUGCGCUUGUUCUACCCUACAACAUAGGUCUAUACUUUGUCUGCAGGUUCAUUUUAACUGACAUUGUGUGAAAUAUUUCAGAUUUUUUUUUUUGCAGCUCUACCCAUCUUCCCCUUUGUUUUUGCCUUUGGACUCAGACUUUAAUUUUAUUGUCUGGGGGUAAAUGUUCACUCUUUUUCGAUAUCAUGCAGAGGAAAAGUAUGUUUGAUUGCUAUUUCAAUGUUUUACAUAAUGUCUCAAACAAUCACAUUUUUAAAUAUGUGUUUGGACCCACCUGGUUUCCCACAGCUUGGCCAUAGCGGACGAAUGUAGCAAAGUGCUCACUGUUGAACUUGACCAUGUCGUAGUUGAACUCCUGAUGGUGAAAUGUGUGGCAGCGGUACAGGAUUUCGUCCAGAGUGGAGGGGGCCAGGUUGUGCUUGUUGUUAUUGACUCGAAUGGUAGUGCCUGGAGGAACUCUGAUCUCAGAUAUCUUCUGUGUACAAAUCCUUGUCUUCUUCAGUAUACUCCCAGAUUUUGACUUGGGGAUCAGUAUCUUGAUUAGACUGCGACAGGCUUUUUGUGUUGUGUUCUCAUCUUUAAUGUGAAAAAAAAUUAAAAUUGUUAUAAAUAAAAAUGAUGAUGCAA